GAAGUACGGGAUCAUCGAUUGUUUUUGAUAAAUUUAAAAAUUUGGUAUUGAAUGAAACACCAAAAAAAAGAAAAUCAUAAAAUGUUGAGAAAUGACAGAUAUUAAAAUUUUAUUACAUACAUGCUCCCCGUAAAAUUUUACUCCUACGUGUCCACAAUACAGUAUUUAAAUUGAUUUCUCAAUCACCGUUGAAUCAUUGCAUAGCUAUUCCUCGGAAACAAAGACAAUGCUGGAGUCUUUUAUAAAGCCCCUUCUGGAAACCCCUCCAUACAUUGUUUCAUAUGCUCAAAUAUAUCAGUUCUUGACUGCCAAGAAAUCUCUUUUCUUAGGAAAACAAGUUCAUGCCAAGAUGAUACUCCGAGGCGUGCUUCCCAAUGCGUUUCUUGCUGCCAAAAUGAUUGCAAUGUAUGGUAGUUACGGUGAAGUUAGUUAUGUAGCCAAACUGUUUGACAGAAUUACUCAACCAUCUGUUUUUUUGUACAACUCUGUUGUUCGUGCUUUUACUAAUUCUGGGUGCUGUGGGAAGACUUUAGAGGUUUAUUAUCGCAUGCAUUUCUUGGGUUUUCAUGCUGAUCAUUUUACUUUGCCUUUUGUGCUCAAGUCUUGUGCUGAGUUAUUUAGAGUUGGGUUGGGAGAAUGUGUUCAUGGGAUUAGUUUGAGAAGUGGGUUGGAGCUUGAUGUUUAUGUUGGGUCUUCUUUGAUUAAUAUGUAUGUCAAAUGUGGGAAAGUGAGGGAGGGGAGGAAGGUGUUUGAUGGAAUGAGUAUGAGAGAUUAUCCAGCGUGGAAUGCGUUGAUUGCAGGUUAUGCGAAGGCGGGGUUGUUUGAUUUUGCGGAGGAUUUGUUUUGGAGGAUGCCAAAUAGGAACAUUGUGUCUUGGACUGCUAUGAUUUCGGGGUAUUCUCAGAAUGGAUUGGCUGAUGAGGCAUUAAGGCUGUUUGAUGAGAUGACGGAUGAAUGUUCUGGGGUGAAGCCGAAUUGGGUGACAAUUGUGAGUGUGUUACCUGCAUGUGCACACUCUGCUGCUCUUGAGCGCGGGAGGAAGAUCCAUAGUUAUGCUAGUGCGAUUGGUCUUGACUCAAAUUUAAAUGUACAGUCUGCCCUUAUUGCGAUGUAUGCUAAAUGUGGUAGUCUUACUGAUGCUGAAUAUUAUUUUGCUAGGAUACGUCCAAGUGAGAAACAUUUGGAUGCUUGGAACACCAUGAUUACUGCAUAUGCUUCUCAUGGUAAGGGGAUUGAAGCUGUGUCAUUGUUCGAGGAUAUGAUAAGAGCGGGUGUGCAACCUGAUGCAAUUACAUUUACAGGUUUGCUGUCUGGAUGCAGCCAUUCAGGCCUAGUUGAUGUUGGCUUAGAAUAUUUCCAUCGCAUGAGUUCAGUGUACUUUGUGGAACCUUGCCUUGAACAUUUUGCUUGUGUUGUAGACAUUUUGGGUCGUGCAGGGCGAUUGGUGGAAGCAUAUAACUUAAUAUCUGACAUGCCAAUGCAAGCAGGAGGGAGCAUAUGGGGUGCGUUACUAGCUGCUAGCAGAAAACAUCGGAAUUUGGAAUUUGCUGAAAUAUCUGCUAAAAAAUUGUUCGUAUUAGAACCUAAUAAUACUGGGAAUUAUGUUCUGCUUUCAAAUAUGUAUGCUCAAGCUGGGAUGUGGGAUGAAGUGAACAAUAUAAGAACUCAAUUGAAAUUUCACGGCAUGAAGAAGACCCCUGGAUACAGUUGGAUCGAGAAUAAUGGAAAAGCACACUUUUUUCUGGGAGGAGAUAAAUCACAUGUAUCAGCAAAGGAAAUUUAUACAUUGUUGGAAGAAUUGCCUGAGAAGAUCAAGGCAGCUGGUUAUAUACCCGAUACCAGUUUUGCAUUGCACGAUAUUAGUGAAGAGGAGAAAGAAGAUAACCUUCUAGCUCACAGUGAGAAGCUAGCAGUAGCAUAUGGGCUUAUAUCUACGAGUCCGGGUACAAUUCUUCGAGUUACAAAGAACCUCCGGAUAUGUGGUGAUUGUCAUACAGCCAUCAAAUACAUUUCUAAGAUAUACGGCCGAGAAAUCAUUGUGAGGGAUGUAAAUCGUUUUCAUAAUUUUAGAGACGGGUCAUGCUCUUGCGGAGACUAUUGGUAAUCACAAGUUGUGCUUGCGUUAUGUGGAUUGUUUUUCUAAAGACAGCCAUCAAAUACAUUUCUAAGAUAUACGGCCGAGAAAUCAUUGUGAAGGAUGUAAAUCGUUUUCAUAAUUUUAGACGGGUCAUGCUCUUGCGGAGACUAUUGGUAAUUACAAGCUGUGCUUGCGUUAUGUGGAUUGUUUUUCUGAAGACCAACAUGGUUUUUGAUUGGUGCUUAUCGACUGUAAGAGAGUCAAUGAAGUGUCUGACCAUAUUACUCCACAUCUGAAUCUAGUAACUGGUAGAGCUAAUAGGACUAAGGGAUCAUAUGUUUACAAGUGAGCGGAGUGGAGCUGACUGACCCCUGACAAAUUGUGGAGGCAGAAUGAUACAGAUCAGAGGCAAAUCUCAAAGGACAUAAGAUAUCGAUGCCUGUGAAUCAGAUAAUCAGCUGGGGCAUUCUAA